AUGGCGGAGGUUCGCGAUCCAGGUGAAGAAAUUGCUGAUUGUGAAGUAAAGCAAGAAACGAUCGUUUUGGUUGCUGAAGAUCUUAGUUUGGAAAUUAGCGAAAUACUGGAAAUAAGUCGAAUUCUGUCUCUGGAGGAUCCAGCCUUAAAGAAAAGGAAGAAAAAGGUUGUCUCUCUAGUUGAAAAGAAGUUAGAAAUUGAGGAAAAAAGGUCUGUUUCAAUGUCUGAAUCGGGGAAUGGUGUCGAGAGUAAGCUUGAAGAUUCUUACUGUUUCUCAAGGAACAGUCUUGAAAACCCUAUUAUCCUCGAGAAAGAACGUUUCUUUGAAGUGAAAGAAGGGGAGAGUUAUUGUAGCGUGAAACUUUCCGGAGAAGGCUUUGAUGUAAUGGGAUAUUUGUCAGAAACAGGGGAAAGUAAUCUGGAAUGGAUGGAUGGAUCUGAAAAACCCGUUGAAUUGGUUAGCUGUUCGACUAGAUGUGAGAAUAGCUCGGACAAUUUCUUGGGAAUGGAAGAAAAGCAUCCUCUGAUGGAAUCCGUGUUGGGUUCCAUUCUUGAAGCACAAAGGACUUGUCUUGAGGAAAUUGGUUCCAAGAGUCAUGGAGAAAGCACGGAGGAAACCAAUCGGGAACAUGGGUCGAUGGAAGUUGAAGCAGGAAAUGCUGACAUUCCAGACAAUCUGCACGGAUGUGUAAAUUGGGUUUCAGAGAUGGAAGACAUGCAGGAAAUGGUGGAAAAUGAUGGUGAGAAGAUGAAAGAUUUCAAUGGGUUUAAGAGUCUUGUUGAAAUUGAAAAUUCCUCACCGAAUGCAGUGACAUGUGAAAUUCCAGUCAUUUUCCCAGUUUCUGUCUUUGGAAGUGGAAAUGACUGUGGAAAGAAGGGAAUAGGAGGACAAAUGAAUGUGAAGAAAAAUGGAAAGGAAGGAAAGAAGGAUAAGUGCUCCAAGAGAUUGGCCAAAGGCAUGAAGAAGGUUUCUGAUGGAAAUGGAAAGCAGAAUAUGUUUAGCCUUGUGAGUGAAGCACGAAAUGUUUGCCUAAAAAAAGGUGAUGGAUCAAAGAUUAGUUACUCAAGGAAUGAGCUGGAAGCUCUGAGAUUUGUUCAUGUUGAAGAACAGCAAAUUAUAUGGACCGAAAUACACCACAGGCUGGGGCCUUCCGUCGCUCAGGAGCUUAAGGGUAUGGCGGGUACUAAACAUCAGAGACAAGGAAGUAGAAACGUUGAGCAUCACCGAGGCAUUGUGAAGAAGAAAGAACAUUUUGCAGUUUUCGGUGAAGUGUGUUCCCAGGAUCUGGAGAAUGAUUUCACAGAAUUGAAUCCCUUGGAUCUUUCAUGUGGUGAUUUUGAUAACAGUAAUGAUAACUACAUUGAGGAUGAGUGCACUGAAGAUGGGGACAGUGAUAGUGACUAUGACAACAUUCAGAGACGUGCUUUUUUAGUUGAAGGGGAACCCGAUUUUGAGUCUGGGCCCCCGCAAGAUGGUCUCGAAUAUCUUCGGCGUGUCAGGUGGGAAGCUGCACAUAUCCCAAAAGUGAAAGUGGCAAAGCUUGAUCGGACUAAGCUUACCAAUGAUCAGAUAGUUUAUAUGCCCAAGAUUCCAGAUAUUGUGAAGUGUCCAGACCACCUUCUGCCAAUGAAACAAUGGGAGGAUGCCUUCCUUGCUGAUUUUUCGGAGUUGAGGAUGGCUCUAUCAUGCAUGGGGAGUGGUGAACCUUGGAAUUCUACCCAUCCGCCAUCAUUCUUGAAACUUGUUGAAGAUGAAAGCUGCCAGCAUCGUGGGAAUAUGGAUAUUCAAACUUCUGAUUAUCUGCAAUCAAUUAUGACUGCUGAAGAUGACACUUCCCUGCAUUCCGAGACUUCUUGUCCUGAAAGUUCUGAGAGUUCACACUCUGUCCUGAUGAAAUAUGAAGAGGAUACCAGCCAGCCUAUCGAAAGUAGCACUCUUGAAACUUCUGGUAAGCGUCAGUCGGUCUGUGCCAAUAUUAGCCGUCCUGCCCUCACGGUAAUUUUAAGGAUGAGCCCUGUAUCUCGAGUUUCAAUGUUAAAGAAACGGAUAGCCUCCUUUGAAACUGCUGGCCUUUUGUCAAAGAACAAUGUUGAAUGGUUAUUUGCUCUGUGUGCGGCCAUAGAUGCUCCACUCGAUGCUGACAUGUGUGCAUCGAUGCGAUGUUUGCUACGUAAGUGCGCAAGCUUGAGGGCAGAAAAAUGUGAAGUUGAUGAUGAGGUUGUGAUGCUGAACAUCCUGGCGACAAUCUCUGGGAGAUAUUUUGGGCAGGCCGAGAACUGAAGGCAUUAAUUGGAAAUGUACACGCCACAAUGAUGCUCAUCUGU